CAUAGUGAUGGGAGUUGUUGUCACACGUGACCGCACCGAGCCUGACACAACAUGCCGGAAAAAGCUCUGAUCACCGUACGGUACGGACCGUACAGCAACUGCUCCGGGGUGCUGCGGCACUCACUGUCCCGGCUGGAGGGGCUGAGAGCUGUGCUGGCCUCAGAUGGACAUAGUGUUGUUCUAGAAGAGAUACCAGAUCGAAAUGCUGUGGAGCUUGUGGUAAAUGGAGAGACUGUAUUUCAGUGCAACAUCAAAGAUCUUGAUUUUGGAGGAGAUGGACUACUGGACCCACUUUGUGAAGAUGCAAGACAAGCAGUGAUGAAGGCUUACUAACAAAUCUAUUGUAUCCCCCUGCAACCUUAACUUCUCCAUCUAGCCCUAUAACUAAUUUAUUUACAGAAACAAAUGUGCUGA